GCGAAAAACAGAGAAAGAGGAGUUAGGGUUCCCUUCCUUUCUGAUUUUCUCUCUUCCCUUUUUACUCUGAGAAACCAGAGUGCUUCUCAGGCCUCUUCUCCGCCGCGCCUGCUUCUCCGCAACGCCGUCACCUUCGUCGCGCGGUGCCUUCUCGUCUCUGUCUCCCAGGGAGGAGGCAGUGGUGGUUGUUGUGGUGUUUUAUCCUCGAAUCAGUGGAGCUAGGUCAUAAUAAGAAAUUAAUCAUGAGUUCAGACAGCAUGAGCAGGAGCAGGAGCAGGAGCAGGAGCCCUGCGGAUCGUAAGAUGCGUUCUGAUCGCUUUUCCUAUCGUGAUGCACCUUACAGGAGAGAUGGUGGUCGUCGGGGUGGUGGUGGUUUCAGCCGAGACAAUCUCUGCAAGAACUGCAAAAGACCUGGCCAUUUUGCUAGAGAAUGCCCUAAUGUUGCAAUUUGCCACAAUUGUGGUCUUCCUGGGCACAUUGCUUCAGAGUGUACCACAAAGUCACUAUGUUGGAAUUGUCGUGAACCUGGUCACAUGGCCAGUAACUGCCCAAAUGAGGGCAUCUGCCACACCUGUGGCAAGGCUGGACACCGUGCUAGAGACUGCACUGCUGCGCCCAUGCCGCCUGGGGACUUGAGGUUGUGCAAUAACUGCUACAAGCAAGGCCAUAUUGCAGUUGACUGCACAAAUGAGAAGGCAUGCAACAACUGUAGGAAGACAGGUCACCUGGCUCGUGAUUGUCCAAAUGAGCCCAUCUGUAACAUGUGCAAUGUAGCUGGGCAUGUGGCUAGGCAAUGCCCCAGAGCCAAUGUUUUGGGAGAUAGGGGAGGUAGUGGCGGAGGUGGUGUUCGCGGUGGUGGUGGUAGUGGUGGCUACCACCGUGACAUUGUAUGUAGAAACUGUCAGCAGCUUGGCCAUAUGAGCAGGGAUUGCAUGGGACCCUUGAUGAUCUGUCAUAACUGUGGGGGGCGAGGACACCUGGCAUAUGAGUGCCCUUCUGGUAGGUUCAUGGAUCGCUACCCUAGGCGGUACUGAGUGAUAGAUGGUCUUGGGUUUGCACUUUGCAAUUUCCUUUUUAUCUUGAGGAGCGUUUUCGGUUUUAGGUGUUAAGUUGAAGGUUGGAGCUAAACAGUGAGGAGUUGAAUUGAUACUUUUUGGUAGAAUAUGUUUGUUUAUGCGGAGUAUUAAAUUUUGCAUUAGUACUUAAUUUUGACCAUGUAUUAUUAUUUCUGCUUUCUUCGGCUAUUACUAGAAAUAAAGACUUUUAGCCAAUAUUGGAGUCGCCUGAUAAUGAGAGUUGCCAAGUUUCUGUUUA